AUGCUCGGCCUCUCCCUGCGCAACGCAGCAGCGCCGACAUUGCGCGUUUUCUCAACGUCGUCGGUCACCGCCAACGCCGCGGCCGCAGCGCCCAAGGUGCCCGUCGCGCUCAUUGCCAAGCUGCGCAAGACGCACCCCGUGCCCAUGUCGCAGGCGCGCGAGGCGCUGGAAAAGUCCAACCUCGACGUUGACGCCGCGAUCGCGUACCUCACGAGCGCUACGUCGGCUUCGGCGCUGAAAAAGGCCGACAAGGUGGCCAGCCGCACCACCGACGAAGGCACCAUCGCCGUGUCCCUCCUCGGCGGAAGACGGGUGUCGAUCGUCCAGCUGGCGUGCGAGACCGACUUUGUCGCCCGCAACGACGUCUUCCUGUCCGCUGCGCGCGGAAUCGCCGAGACGGCCGCCUUCCUCGACGUGCCGAGCGAUACGCCCGACGUCCCGCUCCCCGCUGGCGCGGACCCGAUCCAGACGUUCCCCGUCGACGCCCUGCUGUCGGCCCCGCUCAUCUCGCUGCCUGAGGGCGGCGCGCAGCCCGCCGCCGACGAGGCCAAGACGGUCAAGCAGGUGCUCCUUGCGUCGCUCGCGCAGACGAGCGAGAACCUCAAGCUCGUGCGUGCCGCGAGCUUUGCCGCGCCGUUCCCCGGCUCGCCAGCCGUCCGCUUCGUGCCCGGAGCGUACACGCACGGUGGGGCCGGCACGACCGGCAAGGUCGGCGGUGUGGUUGUGCUUCGCGUGGAGAGCUCGUCCGACAAGCCAAUCUCCACGCUGGUUGCUCUUCCAGCUGGCGAGGAGCUCGACAAGAAGCUCCAGGCGCUGGCGCGCAGCCUUGCACGCCAGGUCGUCGGCUUCCCCACCAAGGCGGUCAGCCCAGGCGACGGUGUCGCCGAGGAGGAGGCGCUCCUCACCCAGCAGGCCAUGAUGCUCGGCAGCGACAAGCCUGUCGCCGACGUCGUCGCGGACUUUGGCAAGGAGAACGGCGUCAACGUCGAGGUCGUGAGCAUCAGGCGCUGGAGCACCGAGGACGAGCUCGCACCGCCCGCCGAGACCAAGACCGAGGCGUAA